AUGUCGGAAUCUGAAAGUCAUACUUCAGGCACUGCGGGAAGAAUGCAGAUCUUCCAAUUCGUGGCUUCGGGCAUCGGUCUCGCAGCUGGAACAAUCCACAAUUGCAAGCAAAGAAAGGGAAAGGCAGCUGAACCGAAUGAGAGUCAUUGCACAAUUUGGAAGACUCUGCCUACCGUCAUCUUACGAAAAAGCUGCGUAGGAACAGAAGCGCGGGCGGCGAAUGAGGGAGAGAUUUUCCAGACCGCCACCUCACUCUUGCGAGGCCACCUUUUACCGGCCCCGGAAACAACAAAUCUGGACUCCCGCGGCCUUUCUCUUCCUGUCCUCCUCACUCAACGACGACCUGGUAAAUGUUGCCGAGGUUUCAUCCGCGUGUAUUCACCUCUUCUAAACGAUGUCGGAAUCGACCAAACAACCUUUUUCGAUUUCAUCGACAACUUCAACAAGGCAGUCCGAACUAAGAGUUCAAUUCAAGCUCUAAACAUGGCUCCAAUUGUUGGACUCGCAGUUCCCGAUCAUCUUGGCAUUAUCAUUGGCAUCGCUGUCCAAGUAGCCACAAAUACUGCCGGUGAGAUUGACAGUAGCAGCAAAACAACCAUGUUUCUCGACAAGAUUAUUGACUCUUUCUUCGCACCUCGCGGUCUUAUCGCGGUCAUAAUUUCCUGGAAAUUCAGAGCCGUGGAUCAAGAAGGUCAACCACAAGUUCGAGACGUCAAAUGGGAUCUCGAAGCUCGAGUGAGCGUACUCGCCAAUUUCGUUCUAAAGGAGACUCUCAGCUUGAAAUAUUCGGUUAUCAAUCAUCCUGUCAGCAGCGGUGAUCCCUUGCCUUUGGUGACUGGUGGACGAGAUGGCAGUAGUGAACUACCGCUGGCUGGUUCCAGAACUUUUGGAAAGGCUAACGACGUCGCUUUGCCAAUUCUCUCUGGUGUUUUAACGUUGCUCCAGAAUGAUAUACCUUUUCUCAUGAUUAUCAAUCGUCCCACAGGACAGCAACUUGCAGAAGCAUCGAAUAUCUAA